AUGGCAUGCCACAGAGUACAUCCUAACUUGGAAACCCUCAAACAAUCUCUGGUCCGAGCUGUUGAGCGCUUUCCUCAAGAAGUGCCGCGCAUCCGUAGGUCUGACACUCGGUUUGAGAUUUUCGGUCUUCAGGUAACCGCAGGUCAGGAACACGUGUGUGUCCUAUACCCAACCGCGUCAAAACGACAUCCUCUCUUCGACUAUGUUGGAAUGAAAAUUUCCAAGGAGAGGCAUUACUUUUAA